AUGGAGCUCAAUCUAGAAAACCGCGCUUUCGAUGAAGCUAUGGAAGCCUUGGGUGACUUGCCCGAAGACGAGGACGACCUUAGUGGCUCUGGACCUUACUUUGGCCUCGCUGACCCUCCGUCGGCCAAGUUCACACUUAUUAACGAUGCUACUAACAAGCGUAAGAACGACACGCGCUCUUUCACCCUUGAGGAUGCUGCUAUUAGCACUUUAUUAUCUAAUGCUGGCUUAGCUAAGAGAAGAAGACUUUCCUAG